GUUUCUCCCCCAACUGUCUCUAUCUUUCUCUCUUUCCUUUCUUUCUUGCUCUCCCGUUCUCUCUGUUGUGGACUUGCCUAGCCAGAGGGGCAGUAGGACUAAGUGCCUCCUGUGCACUUGUGUAUCAGUAGCUGAUGUCAACCUCACUGACAAUAACAAGAACUGAAACACUAGUUAACAUCUCAUAGACAAACCCUUGUUCUCCUAUCAUCUCGUUUCAUCAUGAAUACUUUGAAUACAGGAGCUAGGAUAUCAGGCUGCUGGACUGUAACAGGCUGCAGCGGGGGCGGAGAGGGCUCCCUGGACAGACUCCUCACCUCCGUCAGCUCUGGGCUGUCACCACGGAAACGGACUACCAGCCAGUGCAAGUCAGAACCGCCCCUGCUGCGGACGUCCAAGCGGACCAUCUACACAGCCGGCCGCCCACCCUGGUAUAACGAACAUGGAACCCAGUCCAAAGAGGCCUUCGUCAUCGGUCUGUGUGGGGGCAGUGCCUCAGGGAAGACCACUGUAGCCAGGAAGAUCAUAGAGGCUCUGGAUGUCCCCUGGGUGGUCCUGCUCUCCAUGGACUCCUUCUACAAGGUUCUGACUCCUGAGCAGCAGGUCACGGCAGCCAGUAAUGACUACAACUUUGACCACCCGGAUGCCUUUGACUUUGGCCUGCUGGCACACAUACUGAGGAAACUGAAACUGGGAAAGAGUGUCAAGAUCCCUGUGUAUGACUUCACCACACAUGGACGCCAGAAGGACUGGAAAACAGUGUAUGGAGCCAGUGUUAUCAUCUUUGAGGGAAUCAUGGCCUUUGCAGAUAAAGAACUGUUACAGCUGCUGGACAUGAAGAUCUUUGUGGAGACUGACUCAGACAUCCGUCUGGUGCGUCGGCUGCAGAGGGACAUCACAGAGCGUGGCCGGGACAUCGACGGCGUCAUCAAACAGUACAAUAAGUUUGUGAAGCCCGCCUUUGAGCAGUACAUCGAGCCAACCAUGCGACUGGCUGACAUUGUGGUACCACGCGGAGGAGGCAACAUGGUGGCCAUAGACUUGAUCGUACAGCACGUCCACAGCCAGCUGGAGGAGAGGAAACUGCGCUGGGAUAUGGCGGCCCUUGCCUCUGCCCACCAGGCCCAGCCCCUCCCCCAGACCCUGAGUGUUCUGGAGAGUACGCCCCAGGUCAGGGGAAUGCACACCAUAAUAAGAAACAAAGAGACAAGCAGGGAUGAGUUCAUCUUCUACUCGAAGAGACUGAUGCGUCUGCUGAUUGAACGAGCUCUUUCCUUUCUUCCCUCAGAGAGCCAUAUAGUUCAAACACCGCAGGGAGAGGACUAUGAAGGCAGGGCUUUCCACGGGAAGAGGAUCACUGGAGUGUCCAUCCUGCGAGCGGGAGAGACCAUGGAGCCAGCUCUCCGGGCAGUGUGUAAAGAUGUCCGCAUCGGGAAGAUCCUCAUCCAGACCAACCAGGACACAGGAGAACCAGAGCUGCAUUACCUGCGUCUGCCUAAGGACAUCGGUGAGGACCAUGUGAUUCUGAUGGACUGCACCGUGUCUACUGGGGCUGCUGCCAUGAUGGCCGUACGAGUCCUACUGGACCAUGAUGUCCAGGAGGAUAAGAUCCUGUUGGUGUCUCUGCUGAUGGCUGAGAUGGGGGUUCACUCUGUGGCCUACGCCUUCCCUCAGGUCCAAAUCAUCACCACUGCCGUCGACAAGAAGGUCAACGACCUCUUCCACAUCAUACCCGGCAUAGGAAAUUUCGGUGACCGGUACUUUGGCACGGAUGCACCCCCAGAAUGGAGCGAUGAGGAGAUGGAUGAGCCCAGUUACUGAUGGGACAAUGGGCAGACCUAUUUGAAUGAUUCAGGGGUGCGCCGUUUGGAGGAUGAUUGAGGAAUGUGCUCUUCACCCCACUGGGCAGCUACGUACACCCCCUUAUUCUGGGGACCAAAGAAGACACCCUGGAGUACUAGAGCACCUUGAAUUUCACUCAGAUACAGAAAAUGAGUCAAAGAUUAACAAAGGACAAUUAAUAUAUACAUUAUAUACAUGCAGUUUUUGUAUAUUUCUAUUUGAGUUUUAUGCCAAUGCAGCUGUAAUAGAAAAUGUAGUAAUUUUUGUAAUGUGAAUGUUUGUUUGUAAAAUGUUCUAUUUUUGGUUGUUUGAAUUGUGUGUUUUGAGGGUCCAAACCUUCAUAUUUUUAACUGUGGAUUACAACAUUCAAUAAGAGCUCAUUGCAAAACA